GCUCGAUAUUUGACUUGAAGCUAGUUGACACAUUAGUCUUACCACAACGCAAAACAUGCCGCCUAAAAAGGUCACCGCUUCGAAAACGUCGUCUAAACCUGUUAAAUCCAAAGGAACCACCACCAAUACUCCGGCGAAGAAAGCAGAGAGUAAAAAAGCUGAGGCAGCGGCCGCCCCUCCACCGAUGCCGCCGGUGACGACCAUCAGUUUCAAGGGGCUCAGUAAACUGACGGAAGAAGCGAACAGCAAAGAUCCCAAAAAAUGGCCCCUGAUCAUCGACCUCCAGGGAAACGUGGCCACCUUCUUCAAGUACCGCGAUGCUAACGUCUUGCAGGCUGAGCUUCCAGGAGAUCUGAGUGCCGACAAAGUCAGAACAGCACUGAUAGGUGCACUUAGGUUCGGCAAACCACUGGUGCUGGAUAUGGCGUCUCAUGACAUCAGAGAGGUGGAGAUGGUGAAUGACGUUCAGACAAACCUGCUUGAUUCCCUUCUGAACAAGACGCUCCUCGAGGAUGAAAGAUACCUGACUCUUAUCAAGGACGAGGACGAGAAGGAGUACCACAACUCGGCCUACUACGCUACGGAGAGGUUCGGCUUCGUUGUCAUCACCACCAACCCCAGCCCCAACACCCUCAUCGCCGCCAAAAUGACCUGCUUCCAGGUGGAAUGACGACAACAACCACGGGUCACUGACCUCAGCAUGGGAGAUUAUGUUGUGCGUUUGCUGUUUACCUCAUGGUUGUUCGUCCGGAGUUUAGCUGUACAGAGCAUGGAGGUCAUGUAGAGAAUGUGAAACCCAAAAUGAAAUCUGUUCGUGGUGAAAUCUUCAUUCAUCGACCAUUUGAUAGUAUUAUGAGCAGGGUUCGAUGUGGCACUCUGCCAUUAUAUAUAUAACUUGGUAGAUUUACUCCCCGUAUAAGAGUAUGUAAACUUUGUUGUAGUAACCUUGUUGAAGACAAAAUACAUUUUCUUGGUGUUUGUACUAUUUUCUCAUACUUGAAGUUUAGAAUAGGUCUUUUGUAACCCAUGCUUGUCGUAAGAGGCAACUAUGCUUGUCGUAAGAGUCAAUGAACGUGAUCGGGUGAUCAGGCUCGCUGACUUGGUUGAUGCAUGUCGUCGUAUCUCAAU